AUGGGUUCAUCUAAUAGCGUGCCAUCUACGAAAUCUCAUUUCAAUUCCCUUCUAACAGAAGAGCAGCUCUCAGCUUUAAGAAUUCAAAGAGCCUGAAAAACCAAAUCCAAAGAAAAGCCAAAAAACUGCAUUACAACCCUUGUAUUUUCUUCUAUGAGUGGCAAUAGACUUAUGAAUUCUAAAACUGAAUGGAUAAGAACAAUUCUAAUAGCAAAAGGAGUCGAAUUUAAAGAAAUUGAUUUAUCAAAAGAAAAACAUCAAAUAGAAGCCUGGAAACGGGAUCUUUUACCAAUUCUUUUGGUAGAAAAUAUAUGUAUUGGUGGAAUAGACCAAAUUCAGUUAUUGGAGGACCGAAAUUUAUUAACUCCGAUUUUAUUGGCGAGAUUUCGCACUCAUUGUUUAUCAUGUGGAACAAGAAAAGCUGAUGGAGAAACUUGUCCACAUUGUGGAAAAAAAUAUAAGUUUUUUGAGUUAGAUGGAGAGGAAAAUGCGAUUUUAUAA